UAUGAGAAUUGAUUAGAUAUAACGAGUUAAAUGAUUUUAUAUUUCUGCCUUUUACCUUUAGUAUUUGAACGUUCAAAUGGAAUCAUAGCUAAUAUUUGAAUAUGAGUGGGAAGCGAUUGAUAGAUGCGUUAAACAGGAUAGGAUAUCAUGAUGAAAAUCUGUCUGCUGAGAGCGUUGACUGGUUAUUUGAAAAUGAAUGUAUGUUGCCUUUCUUGGAGUGGUUCUGCGACAACCUUAGUUCACUAAAUGUACUUACAGCCGACGAGGUUAAAUGUUUUGAUGAAUUAAAAAAUUCUGGGAAAGAAAUUCUUGAGGGUGACAAUCUCACUGAAGCUUUGAAACGACUGUCAGCAUUGGCAACGGAUGACAAUAGUGAAGAUGAAUUAAGUGAGGAAAUGGAAUUUUUGAUGGAGAAAAAAGAUUUUCUGGAAGAAAGAUUGGAUGUCAUGGUCAAGCAAAGGGAUAAAAUGAAUAUUAUGAGCGCUGAGUCUAAUCAUAGACAAUCACGGUUGAAAGACUUAGAGGCUGAGGCAAAAAACAAUUAUAAAAAAUGUUUGGAGGAGGCUUAUUCAGCCGACGACAUGCUGAACAAUAGCUUGGAUGAGUUGUCUAAAACAGUGGCUCAAUUUUCGGAACUUUAUGAGCAACCAGGAUCAAACAGUGAUAGGAAAGCAGCAAGUUUUUUCUCGCAACUUUCUCUUCACGAUUACCACAAAGCUGAAGAGGCGUUUACAAACGAACUUACAAAAUAUACAAAGAAGCAAUUUUUUGACGGAAUAGCAGAAUUAGCCAGCGGAACAGAAAAAUCAAGAUACACUUUUCUGGAAAUCAGGGAUCCUACAACGCUGUUUAUUAAAGGAGAGCCAAAAGAUGUUACGGCAGGCGAAAUAAAGCAAUUGAACCGACUUCAAGCAAUCUAUCCAAUCAGUAAAAUGAAAAGCAUUCAGGCUGAAGCUAAAAAUCACGGUGUCAAUGCAGCCAUUGCAGAUGCUCGAGAGCAACUUUAUCGAUUAACAAACCGUUUGUAUACGUGUGACAGUGCAACAUUACGAGAGCAACUUAAAGAAACCGAACAUGGUCUUAUUCAAUCCCGUAAUCAAAUUGCUGAAAUGACGUCAAAUUUACUGUCGCCAUUAGUGGAAGAACUUGGUAAACUUCAAGUAAAUAAAAUACUCCGUGGAGAUUAUGAUCUAAAAAUAGCUCGGCAAGAUUAUUUCAUUUCAAAGCAAGAUCAGGUGAUCAACCAGUUAAUGCUACAGAGAUCGCGUUAUGAAUUCCUGUCGAUGAUCUUUGAAGUAGAAGCUCAAAAACAUAGAGAUUCACAUCAUUUGUUGAGUAGUGUGCAAACGCUUCUUGAAAAUGAAUCAAAAUCGUUUGAUAGACGUAAUGAUGUCAUGUCAAAUCCAUUGUUACGAGAUCCUGGCAAAAGCCGCGAGACAAUUGACACACGCGAUUCAACAUUGAUUCGUUUACAUUCUUUAUUAAAUGGCAUGGAUGACACAGACAAAAAGCCAUCAUUAUUUCUUACAUACGAUGGCUUGCAAAAGAAAGCGGAAGAAUUGAAGUGUGAGGAAGCGGACGUUCAAACUCAGUUGGUUAACCUGGAAAAUUCACAGAAUGAAAAUGUGACCACUAUGGAGCAAAGCGUAUGCGAAUAUCUGAAGAUGCUUUAUGGAGGAUCUACAACAGCAAAUGGUUUACCUCUUCUAAGAACAAAAGCUUUAUCUAAUGGAAUAGAUCAGCUACUUGAUUUUUUGACAACGUUGGAAAAUUCUGUCAUGGAUGUAAAAAAAGAUCGUGAAUCUAAGAAACGAGUUUUAAGCGCCGAUUCUUUGAAUCCCAUGGAACGACGGCUAUUUAUACAUUUCUUUACAAAUCCUGAACGCUUGAUACAAACUUUCGUUGAUCUCAAGGCAAGAGUGGAAUCUCAAAUACUAUCCAAAGGUGAAAGUUAAAAAGACGUGUUUUUCUUCUUUCCGAUUUUCUAGUCAUAUAACGGUUUAAAGUUGCCUUUCAACGGACCUUGCAUUGUCCAGUUGUGGCGUGAAGUCUGGAUCUAGAAAAGUGCUGAUGUUAUCAAGGUAGUCGCUAUAUAUAUCUUGUAUUGAGGAGUCUCUUGAAUGACGUCACAAAAGUAAGUCGCUCCAGUCUUUUCGGACGACGGACAAGAUCCAUCGAAAGACCAUGAAAAUUCAACGAUUUGACCAACAUAAAAACUUUUUCACUGAUAUGUUAAAAAUCAUAAGUUAAUUUACUAUCGCAUGUAAAAAUUUCUGCCGAAAGGGGCACUUUAAAACUGUAUUUCUGGACUACUGUAAUAUACUUAUCAAAACUAUGAGAUUGUGUUCGUGAGGAAGUGGACGACCACAUAAUGUGGAAUACAGCAUGUUUGUAUUGCGUGUUUUAUGUAUUAAAAAGGCUUGCCGUAAUUGUGUAUAAA